AUGGGGAAGCGCAAAAGUUCGAGCAAACCUCAAGGCCCGAAAAAGAGAGAGGUUCUUCCCUCCAAGUUCACAUGCCUCUUCUGCAACCACGAAGACUCCGUCGCUGUAAAGCUGGAUAAGAAAGCGGGUGUUGGUUCGUUGGACUGCAGAGUAUGCGGUCAGAUGUUCCAGUGUAGUAUCAAUUACCUCUCGGCCGCCGUGGACGUUUAUGGAGAGUGGGUGGACGCUGCAGAUGCUGUUGCCAAGGAAGCAGGACCCGUCGGCGGAAGCAAUCACAAGACCUCGAGCGCUCGGCGCGCCCCCCCGAGCCGGCCAGUAGACGAUGACGACGAUGAUAGGAGAUACGGGGGUGAGGGUAUCGACAUGGACGAUGAUGAAUACUAG